AACCUCUACAGGAGGGGACGGCCUGACACAACAUAACCUCUACAGGAGGGGACGGCUUCACACAACAUAACCUCUACAGGAGGAGACGGCUUCACACAACAUAACCUCUACAGGAGGGGACGGCUUCACACAACAUAACCUCUACAGGAGGGGACGGCUUCACACAACAUAACCUCUACAGGAGGGGACGGCCUGACACAACAUAACCUCUACAGGAGGGGACGGCUUCACACAACAUAACCUCUACAGGAGGAGACGGCUUCACACAACAUAACCUCUACAGGAGGGGACGGCUUCACACAACAUAACCUCUACAGGGGAGGACGGCUUCACACAACAUAACUUCCACGGUCGGGAUGACUUCACACAACAUACCUCCGCAGGAGGGGACGGCUUCACACAACAUAACUGCCACGGGCUAGGGCGGUGUCACACAACACAUUCUACAGGAGGACGGCUUCACACAACUUUUUUUGUUCAUGAGGUCGAGGUCACAAAAGAUAUAGCCAGUCAUAUCUGACAACAAUUUUCCUUCCUGCAAUCAAAACCUCAACCCAGACUUAGGAGAUAAGCCGCCUUCCGCAACUUCUGUUUCAAUUCACCAAUUUCCGUUGCAGCAGAGCAAGGAAAAGGAUAAACAUUGUGUUGACGACAACAGUAAGUGACUUCACAACGAUUGCCAUGUCUGUUCCUAACUUACAGUCUACCACUUCGGCAGCUACCUGAUAUCAACUUCAACGUUGUGUGGCGGUGGCGGUCAGUGUGUUCGAACCAGGAAGUAAAUUGUCAGCCAUACACGUCUAGCAGGGAUACAUACUCACACAGGGAGACCCCGGGCUUGCUGUACUCACACGGUUGAAUAUUUCUACAGCAAUGUAAGCGUCUUCUUUUAACCGUUGUCACCUUCGGGAUGUUUGACGAGGAUACAUUUGAGAGAGAGCUGUCAUGUGGGGUUUGUCUGGAGCUGUACACGGAUCCCCUACAGCUCUCAUGCAUGCACACCUUCUGCAAGAGCUGCCUCAAGGCUUUACUUCAGAGCGAGGGGAACAAGCGUCUCAAAUGUCCGGAUUGUCGCAAGAACAGUGAUCUCGGACGAGGUGGCAUUGAGUCGCUCAAGCGCAAUUUUAAACUGGCUAGCAUUGUUGAUAUCUACAGACAGGCUGUUGCAAAACUUGUUGCAGAGAAGGAAGCAAACAGACAAGAAGAACAGACAAGGAAGUCCAGGAUUGAUGACCACAAGAAGGAUUAUGCAUUCGUCAGUUCGUUGAUUCAGAAAUCUCAUGAUGAAUCGGACGGCCCGUUUGAGCCACACAUCAUUGACGACCUGUGGGGAACGUUUAAAAGAACUGCGAGGAGAGACAGUCAUUUGAGCAACAGGCCACCAGCACCCUUACCCCCACGUUCUGAAACCAGUUCAAGGUCCCCUCCCCAGUUACCUCGUGCUCCUCGGCCUCUUCCCACCAUUCCACAUCGUUCUUCCAGCACAGAUGACACGACAUCAAUGUCUGAUCAAACGGGCACAAGGCUACCCCCUGCCCCAUCCCCCGAGUCAACUAACCCUGCACGAAUGUGGUCACGUUCUCCGCUGCCACCCCCUCCUCCGCAACGUCUCAGCGACGACUCUCGAGCAAUACCUAGUGCCCCUCCAUACCUUCGUCUCUCCGACAACCAGAGUAAUAUUCCAGACGAGAUCGGCGACCUGGACUUCAUGGAUGGAUCCUUUGACAUUGCUGCGUCUUUCAGACCAUCACUGCCUCCAGUGCCACCAAGGAGGUCUUUCCCUUCGCAACCAUCUGCAUUCAUCCCAGACAAGAACCUUGAAAACCGCCCUCCAAUUCCAGCACCAAGAGGCAAUGUUAAAGCUCCCGCUCUUCCUCCAAGGGAAAAUAUGCCUGCUCUGAAAACAAAACCUGGCAGCGUACAGAACGGUCGGAAGCCGCUUCCAAAGCCAAAAGGACGGCAGUCAUGACAGUUUAACAGCUAAACCCCUUUUGUAACAGCCAGGAAGCGCGAAUGUUGCAGUGAAUUCAGUUGUUGUUAUGCACGGUGGCAUUUCCGUUGACCGCAGCCGGCUACACGGAUAUUGAUUCACAUACCCUUCACAUGACAAGGGGUACGACCACGUGUUCCAGGAUGUGUCAGGAUCGUUAUACUGAAGAGCUGUAGGUAGCAACUGUUGGUGUUCUUGGUAUUGCUUUAUGUUUUGUGUCUCCUGGAUGGUACAUAUUCCCUAUGCUACGUCGACGUACUGAUACGCUGUUUAUAGUUUACCGUACCAUGGCUGUAUCAUAUUCAUGUGUGACCGGAGGGAAACUGAGUCCCUUCAUCAUUCAGGGCAAGAUGGAGAAUCUAAUGAGACGAUGGUUUUACGAAACAAAAUCUGUUUGUGAUUUGGGGAGCACUAUAUCUGCACAGCGGUUAAUCUCAAAGCUUCAUCGUACUGUUCCAUGACAUGUCAAACGUGCCAACAGGUUAUGUCCUUACGACCAGAGGACACGAUGUGUAGGCCAUGUCCUCGGUCUGUUUAUCUAGAAGCCUGUGACAUCUAGCAUCCCUAGCACACCAUGUUUCCAGAGUCUGGACGACUCGUUGUGAGAACAUCUAUGCAUACACAAAUUGAUCGUGUUCAUACCCAGGAUCUUUGAAUCAUCUUACACAUAAUCUGGCAUCCUUGUUUCUGCUGUCGAACAGAUUCUGGCAGCAUUGUUCCAAACAUCAUAAACCAUACACCCAGUCGGCGUAAAACGCCAUCUUGAGCACAUUUCAGGUAUUUCCUGUUUACACAGCGUCCAUGUCGGCUUUUCAUGUUUUAAGCUCCAUCAACACAAAAAUAAUUGUGAAAUAUAUCAUUGAAUUUCUUAUAAAUACACCAAAAGUAAUCAAAG